AUGGGAGACCUCAACUCGUCGACUUUCACCCAGCCAUGGAAUGUUUCUAUCAUUAAUUACAAUGGAACAGAUCAUCUGUGGUCAAAGUUUGCUCCACCUUGGGUUGGCACUCCCAAUGUCAGGGGCACGUUCGAUAUUCUUGAAAGUUGCAUCUUUACCCUCAUCGCCUGCGUCUUCACAGCCCUUCAUCUCGAUAUAAUUCCUAACCCUACAUGGCAACGGCUUCUGUUAGAGAAGAUAAAAUGGGUCCUGUUGACUAUUGUGGUUCCGGAAAUCUCCUUGUUAACCGCGAGUAAUCAGAUUGGCUGUGCCUGGGCUCUCAAGUCAAAACUUAAAAAGAUCCAGAAGCAACAGAAGUCGUCGAUAUCAAGUCCCGAAGCUGAUUUCGAGAUUAACUUGAAGUAUGCCUACUUCAUUGUCAUGGGAGGACUUCGUUUCGACGUCAACGACAUCUUGUCAAUUCCGGAUCUCGACCCUUCAGCUGAGAAGCUUUUCAAAGACCCCGAACCCCAAAAUGGCCGGAAACCCGUGCGUAAAGCCGUCCGCGCAGGCCCGCCUGCUAUAGUUGCACUCGCCAACAAGGGCCAUUGGAUUAAGGUCCUAGAGAAAGACAUUGACGACAAGAGUAAGGCUGGUAUAUUUCAGAAAGCCCUUGUUCUUAUUCAAGUGCUCUGGAUGAUUAUGCAAUGUGUUUGUCGGUUUGUAUUCGGACUCCCACUUACACUACUGGAAAUCCAUACCAUGUUGCAUAAACCUUUGGAUGUUCAGGAACCAAUUGUUGUUCAACCACAUGGUUUCGAAGCCGAACUGGCCAUUAUGUUACAGAAGCAGUUCUAUAGCAGGAUGUCAUACAGUCUAGCACUCUUCCCUUCACGGCAAACACCAGAACAGCCACCUCCACAAGGACCUUUGGGUAGCCAAAUGAGAUGGAUCGAUCAGGCGGCGUCGGCAGAAAUGAAAGUUGGCGAUGUUCUCCCGUCCGGGCUUGCUCUAUACAGGUCAGAUGUCCUUGAUGCCUUAUUUCCUCUCGAACACAUAUGGGGUGGCCAGACACUGGUGAAACACAAGAUCGGUUCAAGACCUAAAUACGCCAAGCACUCUUUCCCACUCACAACUGAGUUCCUUCGGCGAUGGGAUAUUAUUCUGUCCAAAUACCCCGAUGAACAGCGGGAGAACCUGGCUGAAACGUCGAUGAGGAUUCGACAACACAGAUGUGACGAAGACGGUAUACUGGAUGUUCCGGAGAGAGAAAAACGGAUCCUUCUCCUUGUGCGGCUGGAUGAAUUCAGACAAGAGCUGCAGUUGAACUGCGAAAGGUAUUUCUGGGAGGGUAGAAGCUUCUUCUCCCUAGAUCUUGCUCCGCAUUUUGAAACGCAAGGCUCUCUUUCGAAAUAUCGUCCCAUGUGGAAGUUCUGGAGGUACGAUAAGAUAACACUCAUCGCUGCCGGCCUAUCCAUGUGCUAUGGUGGUAUUCACCUUAUACCUACGUUCUUGUUAACCUUCCCUUCGUACACAGAGGCAUUAUUGUGGGAGCUCAGCUGUUUGAUUAUCGUAGGCGCGUUGCCUCUUUAUGUUAUCAUAUCAGGCUUGAUCUGGCUGAGCAUUUGGUGUUUAUUUCUCACCAAGUCUAAUGUUCUCGUCUUUCCACAAAGGACACCGGAAUCUCUCAAGAGAUUCAUCAGAACAUUCGCCAAGUACUAUUGUAUAUACUUGCUAUCUGUUUUGGGUACCGCAUAUGUUCUGUCAAGGGCCUUCAUUGUCGCUGAGAUUUUUGCAAGCUUGCGACAUUGUCCCGUUGGAGUUUUUAUCACCUUUCAGUGGUUGCAGCUGUUUCCUCAUUUUUAG